GUGAAGAUGUGAGAGAUGUCAGGUAUGAAUCCCAUCGAUCUGAAGCCAUCAUCGCAGCCAUGCUCCAAGUGACCGCAGCCGUCCUGCUCCUCCUCUUCAUCCACUGCCAGGCUUUGGAUGUAAAGGUGCAAGAAAAUUUUGACACAAGCAAAUUUGUCGGUAAGUGGUUUGGCGUUAUAGCAGCAUCAAACUGCGAGAUGUUCCGUAAAAUGAAGAAGGACAUGACCCUCCCGACUAUUAUGUACGCCACGGACGGCCAUAGCGUGAAAAACAGCGUGGCUUUCAUGACAACUAAGGGCUGCCAGCAGAUGGACGCCAACAUGAACGUGGUCGCCAGUGGGCACUACACGCACCAUUCAGAUCAUGGAGAUGAUGAGGUCAUCAUUGCCAACACAGAUUACAAUUCGUACGCUAUGGUGUAUAGAAGGACCACCAAUAAGGACGGGACCUGCAUUACCCUCAAUCUGAACGGGAGAGAAAUGAAAGUUGCGGAAGACUUGAAGAAGCAUUUUAUAGAACAUGUCCACCAGAUGGGCCUGAAAGACGAGGAUAUCCUCAUAUUCCAGAAAGGAGGUACAUGGGGGGGGGGGGGUGCUGCAGAGAAUCAUUUCUCGAAAAAUCAGAUAGAUGGAGACUGUAAAGAGAGAAAAUAUAAUAUGUAA